AUGGCUGGAUGUAGAUGUCCGAAACUCUCUACAGCAGAUGGUCUUGUUUUAGGGGCUAUGCAGAUUAUGCUCGGCAUCUUUCAUGUUUUCAUGUGGUAUUUCCUAUUCGUCUUGUAUAUGGGACAAAUAAAAGGAGUCUUUGGGAAGUAUGAACCUAUAACUUACAAAACAGGAUGUUCUUUAUGGGGAAUUAUUUUUAUCAUUUCAGGAGUGUCCAUAAUAAGAGCAACAAAAUAUCCAAAUCAAAGACUGAUCACAUGUGCUUUGGUCACGAGCAUCCUGUGCAUAGUUACUGCAAUUGCUGCGACAGUUAUAACAAUAAUGGAGUUGGUUAACUUUGAGUCUGUGUCAUAUAGGAAUUAUGGACAAGCGAAACUUGGGAGGGAAGUUUCAGCUAUUUUACUGUCCACCUACCCCCUGGAAGUUUCUAUUGCACUUGCAUACUCGAUCUUUGGCUGUAUUGGUUUGAGUCGUGGUAAUGAAGAUACUCUUUCAACUGUUACUAUAGAAGAAGCUGAGAGCCCUCUUUAG